GCCUUCCGGGUCGAGCCGAACCGAGCCGAAUCGGGCCGAGCCGAGCCGAGUCGAGCCGAACGGACUCGGGCCGAGCCAUGGGGCAGAUCGAGUGGGCCAUGUGGGCUAACGAGCAGGCGCUGGCGGCCGGGCUUAUCAUGCUGACGGGCGGGAUCGUGGCCGUGGCAGGGCAGUUCAAGGGCUGGUACUUCGCAGCGUACGCCAUCGUGGCAGGCGUCUUGGUCUGCCUGCUCGAGUACCCCAGGAGCAAGAGGAAAAAGGGUUCUACCAUGGAGAGAUGUGGCCAGAAGUACUUGACGGCAGUGGUGAAGGUGUUUGGGCCCCUCACGAGGAAUUACUACAUCCGAGCUAUCCUGCAUGCCGCCCUGGCCGUCCCCGCUGGUUUCCUCCUCUCCACCAUCCUGGGCACUGUCUGCCUGGGCAUCGCGAGCGGCAUCUACCUGCUGGCGGCGGUGCGCGGGGAGGAGUGGAGACCCAUCGAGCAGAAGCCCCGGGAGCGGCCGCACGUGGGGGACACCAUCAAGCAGCCCCCCAGCAACCCCCCGCCGCGGCCCCCCGCCGACACCCGCAAGAAGCAGCCGGCGGAGGUGGGGGGGCAGGUGAACCCCAUCCCCGUCGAGGCUGAGUAACUGGGGGGGGGGGCUCUCCUGCUGCUGCUGCGCUGCUCGUGUUCCCGCUUCCCAAUUGCACCCCGGCUCCUCGGUGGGAAACUGGGGUGGCUGGCUCCUGGGGAUCCCCAAAUCCCCAGGGAUGCUCAGCUCCUGGAGUGGUCCCCAGCUCCCAGGGGCUCCCUAGCUCCUGUUGGAUCCCCAAGGAUGCUCAGCUCUCUGGGGGGGGGUCCCUAGCUCCUGGGUGUCCCCAAAUCCCUGAGGAUGCUCAGCUCCCUGAGAGGUUCCCAGCUCCCCAAGGGAUCCCCAGCUCCUGGGGAUCUCUGAAUCCCUAAGGAUGCUCAGCUCCCUGAAGGGGCCCCAGCUCUCCAAGCAGCCCCCAGUUCCCUGGGGGAUCCCCAAAUCCCUGGGGAACCUCAGUUUGCCGGGGAAUUCCCAGCUUCCCGAGGGGUCCCCAGGCCCCGCAGCCCCACCGGGGAUAGGGGGGAUCAGGCAGCUCUGCUCCCUGCACCCUCUCUUGCUGUGUUUUGUCACUUCUGCCGUUGCUGUUGCAAUAAAAGGUGGGAAAAGCGC